AGAAGGGAAGUCAAUUAGGGAUUGAGCGAGAUGAGUAACCCACAGACGUCUGCUUUCGUUAGAAAGUUAGCUGCAAAUGAUCGUCCAACAAGAAAUGCAGCUCUUGAAUCAUUGAAGAAGUUUCUUUCACGUCCUCGUGACAUGCCUUUGAUUGAGUUUGAAAAGCUUUGGAAGGGACUCUACUUUGCCAUGUGGUUCAGUGACCGUCCACGUCCACAACAGCGUUUGGCUGCAGACCUUGGCCAAUUAUUCUUGGUAGUGCCAGAGAAGAACUUUUACAACUUUGCGCUCGCAUUUUGGAAAGUUAUUGCCAGGGAAUGGGUCGGUAUCGAUCACCAUAGACUGGAUAAAUUCCUAUUAUUGGUCAGAAGAGUGUUGUUUUAUCAAUUAAAGAGACUCAGCGAGAGCCAAUGGGACAGUGAAAUGGUGAGCGGAUUCUUAAAUGCGUUGAAGAAAUCACCACUUAGCGGGGAUAACAAAGUUCCAACUGGUAUUACAUACCAUCUAAUUGAUAUAUACGCAGACGAGGUUGAAAGAAUGAUGUUCGAAGAGCUUGAAGAUGAUGAAGAAGAGGAAGAGGAGAAGAAACAGGAAAUCAUUGACCAGACACCCUUGAAGGAACUGAUAGAACCGUUCGUUACGCUGAGUAAAGAGUGCCUCUUGAAGACAAUAAGAGAAAAAAUCAAAGAUGACCUCCUUGGAGAUGACAGACUUACCCAAUGGAAUGUCACUGUCAGCGCAAAGAUAAAUGAGGACAAGCAAGAGCAAGAGGACGAGGAUGAGGACGAUGAUGAAUGGCAUGGAUUCGAGUAAUUGUGUGUAAAGUCUAUACAUAAAUGCCAUAUCAAGCUUGCUACUCGAGAUGUAGGGUUACCCUACGUUUCUGUGUCAAUAUCAAAAAUUCGCGAAGUCCCUUUUGUGGUUGAAACUUCAACGAAAAACAAAUACGGCUUGCAAAACAAUAAACAG